UGUGUAUAGCAUCGUUAAUCCUCAUAAUCUGCCAAAUGUCUUUUGCUGCCAAAUGCAUGGACAAAAAAUCUGAUGAAGACUCUACCCGUAGUGAUGAGCUAGCCUGCUACAAUUUCUCUGUAGGAAAUCCUCAAAAGAAAGAAUUCUUCAGUCCCAACUACCCAAAUGACUAUCCAAGGAAUAUAAUGUGCUCACUGAGAAUAAAAGCUGAUGUUGGUCACAUGGUCAUGCUGGACUUCCGGGACGUUUUUUCAAUUGAAACUUCACCGACUUGCGAGUACGACUAUCUUGAGGUAAGAGACGGAGCCUAUGGUUAUUCACCCCCUCUUGGCAAAUUUUGUGGACACGAAUUUCCAAUCAAGUUGUACUCUACAAAAAGAUAUAUGUGGCUACAAUUCAAGUCAGAUGACACUAUCGAAUACAAAGGAUUCAAAGCUGUUUACGAUUAUGUGCCCAUUUCCAAUCGAGGAGACGGUCACGAUAAUGAAAUAGAAUGUUCGUUUCACAGAACAGGCCCUUCUGGAAUCAUUUCGAAGUCUGAAGUCAUACCUCUUCUUGAUAAAUAUAGGCAUGAAGACGCUAUUGAAUGUAUGUGGACCAUCGUAACAGAAUCUGGAAAACAGCUGUACAUGAACUUCCUCAGUUACAAACUAUACAAACCCAAUGACUGCGAUCAGAACUUCAUCCAGAUCUUCGAUGGUGGCAGAACUCCGGAUAAAGAGUGUAUCAAGUUUUGUGGUACAACAGCUGAACCUCAAAAAACGUCUACUAAUAUGUCAUACGUGCGAUUCUUCACGCAUAAGGAUGCUUUCAAAGACACAGACUUCAAGCUCCAUUACACUGCAUUUCGGCCAAUAGAAAAGGACGAUGAAUGCGACCCUAAGCUGGAGUUCAGCUGUGCAGACCAAACAUGCAUAGACGUAAACCUCAAGUGCGACGGACAUGAUGACUGCAAAUAUGCCUAUGAUGAAGAAAAAAAUACGUGUGCUCACGCUUUAGGAGCUGGAAUGGACUUGACGUCGGAGCACAUGAUAAUCAUCCUGGUAGUAUUCUUUUCGCUGGUCGUAGCCAUGUGCGCGUCUAUCUCCAUCUCCUGCUAUAACAAAAUUAAGGAACGAAAGUUGCGAGAGAAAGAGUACAAAGAAAGACGUUCCAAAGAGGCUUCCGUCGAGGCCACCAUAGAAAGAAACAUUAGGGGACAUUCCAGCCCAGACCGGGUCAGUGAAGUCAACCAAAAAAGACCGGCAGCAUUUGACCAAGUGGCCGUCGGAUUCAGAGACGAAGCAGACGACGAAGAGUCUUCAGAUGGCUGCUACGUGCCUGAAGUGGAUGUUAGCACCUAUAAGCAUCCAAAUGGUGGUGAAUCGAUACCGAAAAAAGGAGGAGUUGGACGAGGCGCUGGGCUCCAACAAGCUCGAUUUCCAUACAUCAGCGAAAGCUUUGAGAGUCUAGAGAGUGAUGUCAUCGUGCCUCCGGCGCCUCCACCUGUUCCCAUGCAUAUGAAGGAGCGCCGUGAUCUGUCUCCUCCACCUCCGACAUAUCGGAUCGUGGGCGGAAAAGUUGUCGCCAAUCCCGCCAAAAAUGAACCUUCUUCUUUAGAGAGGUUGGAAUCCCAAAGGCCUACCUUAGACACUAAAGGUGGCAGCAAUUACGGUCGUUGGGGAACACCUGAAAAUGCGCCUACGAAAUCAGUGCCUCCCCCUUCCAGUUAUUCCCCAUACAAGCCUGGUGAGAAAACAAAACCUCUCGCUGAAAAAAAUACAACCGGACCAACGGAUGUGAAAGCUAAUUUUCUACGAGGUCCAUUAGAAGCUGGAGCUCCUAGGUCUGCUUUCACGCGAUCUCCAGGUGAAAUAGGUCUUCCUAAAUUUGGAAUGGCUAGAGUGACGCCCGAUGGACCGCGUGGUCCGCUGGCUGCCAAAGGGGCAUCAGGCAGUGCAACAGAAAAGGGUCUGCCUUUGGCGACGUUCCGAAGUCCCUAUGAAGACCCUUCAUAUCCCAAAGGUUAUCGAACUGGUACGCCUAGAAGUAUUCGCAACAAUCCCGAGCCUUUGAGGGCACAGGCCAGCACAGAGCCUAGCGACAAAGACUCUUCCAGAGCUCAUAGUGUCGCUUCGACUUUGUCGGCCCCUGACGUCAUUGGCAAACGUUGACUUUCUGAGAAGUGAGAUCUCAGGUCUAAGCUAGUCGAAACAUCGCUAUCUACCAGGCGAAUGGAGAUUUGUGAGCUGUUGGAAAAUAUCAUUUCUAUGGCAUGCACAAUCGUUUGACUCAUUAAUCCUCCUUUUAUCAUGGACUUAGUAGUAUCACCUUUUACAUUUACCUUAACAUUUCUUUAAUACGAGUCUUCCUUGUCCAACUUAGGAUUAUCACGGAUGAUCCAAAACUUGCGAUAUUCGCUCCAGUACGGAACAGCGAUAAGCCAUACUGCAAUAUUUUACUCAGGCAGCAACUUUUUAUUCUUCAUUGUUAUUAGAUAGUUUGUAAUUGUUCAUAGUGCACUUUGUCCGAAUAUUUGAAAUUUUUCACCAAACAUAUGUGUCUUUAUAUGGAAUCCUGUGCUUAUAAGGAAUGUGCUUCAAUGAAAGUGUCCUUUAAUGGCACUUCAGAAGAAUGGAAACGUUUUAUGUAUAUGUGAUAAAUAUUAUGUCCAGUUCCAGAUUGAUUAGAUAAAUACAUAGAUGUUAGAAAACUGCUGGUAAAAAGAGCAGUAUCAUUUUCGAUUUAUAAUUUUAUAGCUACCUUAUGCUUGUGAAUGAAAAACCUGUCUUACCACCUUUUCAAGACCGUACAUGUGUUGGGGUUUAAUUCUUCUGUAGCGCUUCUCAAAUGAGCGAUGUAUCUUCCUAACAUGAUUAGCAAGAUAUCAGAAUAGAUUUUUUGUUAUUUGUAUUCAGCAAAUGCUGUAAAAAUUAUAAAUUAUAUAAUAAUGAAAGUUUAUAUAUUCUGAAACUGAGAAAUGUAUUCCUAUUAAGCAUAUGAAUAUCACCCUUUCUUACAAACAGGAUACUGAAUGCAUGUAAUGAUUAGAUAAAAAAAAUAUUUGUUAAAAGAAUGAAUGAAAUUAAGAGGGCUUUUAAUAAACUUGAGAUGCAAAUUAA